AUGAUGGGACCCCCACGGAAAAUGCCGUCACGGCUUUCGGCGUCUAGGAUUCUUAGUUCUGACAAGGCCGAGCGGGGCUCUAGCGCACCGCCUAGUUAGUUCUUCUGACUGGAUGAAGCUUUCUUAACUCACUUAAUACUUUAGCUAAUCAGCCAAAACAUUCAAAAAAAAAACUAUUUAUCCUCUUUCUCCGCAUUUAAAAGUCUUUUAUCUCUGAAAAUUCAGUCAUCGCCAUGACAAGAAAUCCGCCUUCCUUUAUCGGUCGCAGCGACGUUGUCAAACAAGAUUCAUGGCGGACGGAGUUCGAUCAACUGCGGCUAAACAAUACCAGGUACCAGCCCAAUGCUCUUAAAAGCAGCUGAGGGUUUUUUUUUCUGUGUUAAAUUGCAAAGGAGAGAAGAAAUAACAGUAACUGGGCAGAAAAUGAAUAACAGUCACAAAAAAGAAAAGAAAAAACAGUAACUUCACACUGGCUAAAUCGCACCUCACUAGUACAAAAAAUGAAAUUAUCGUUUAUUCAAGGUAAUCACAACCUAUAUAAUAAUUUUUUUUAUUGUUGUUCGCUCUGUGGUGUGAAGGAAGAGAACCAGGGGCUUUAGUAGAGUAAGAAAUUUUUUAGUGAUCCCUAAAACUUCUCAGAAAGUCCGGAGCUCCGCGGAGCACGUCCGUUUCGCGUUACGAACAUGUUUGAGAGAAAUUAGAAAAGAAAAGGUGAUUCAAAGAGGUGUGAAAAAGUGCGCCCCAGUGAUAAAUCUCUUGUCCAUUUACGUGACUCGGACCUUGGUAACGCGAAUCGGGGCGUUUCUAGUGGCGCUCUUAAGUGAUCCUAAAAACGUCCGGAGCACAUCCGUUUCGCGUUACCACUGUCCGAGGAGGCAAGCAGGCGAGGCUAUCGGGGCGCCAAAGUUCUCCAAAACAGUACUAAUUUUUGUUUUGGAGCAAUUUUUUGCGUCUCGAAGCAUCUUUCGUUUUGUCCGAUGAACACACCAUAAACGCCGUGAUAUAUAUAUAUAUUUGAAAAAAAUUUUUUUAAAAUUUAAAAGAAAAAAAGGGGCGUAAAAUAAAACGUUUCGGUUUCGCAGCCGCACUCUCUUGGACUACAGUAGCCAAAAAAAGUUUUUGGCGAGGCGCCCCGGGUAUGAGAUCUUCAUCGUUUUGGUUCCUUUUUCCCAGUUUUUAUGAGGCUGUGUUCAAAGUUAUUUCCGCGAAAUGCAAAACUAUCUCUGACUCUUUAAAAUUCAGUUAUCUCUUUCUUUCUAUGACGGCUAUUUGAAUUUCGCGGAAUCACUUUGAACACGGCAUAUAUAUACCGGCAUAACAAAAAAGACAAAAAAACAUGUCAUGUUUUACUUCAUUUCUUUAUGUGUAUAUGUGUUUUUAUAUGUUGACUGAAAAUGAUACUCGGAUGCUUUGAUGUGUGCUCUGUAAAAAAACGCAGUGAAAAAUUUUUUUGAAUUUUUUUGAAAAAAAUAAACAAAUUUAAUUGAAUUGAAAUUUUUUUGAAACAUCCAAAAAAAUUGGUCCGAAUUGUUUUAAAUGCACUUUUUUUCUUUCGAAGUUUUUUUGUUUGUCAUUUUUCCGACUGGUUUUUUUUCGAACAAACACUUCUUCUAUCAAAAAAAUUCUCAUUUUUUCAAACUCGCGUGUCAAUCAAAAUCAAAAUUUUUUAUUUUAGGUAAUGGCCAUUGGCAAAUGGUCUAAAAAAAGGCAAAAAAAUCCAGAUAGCGGGCCUCGACCGCCUGGUGAGUUUGUGUCGAGAAAAAGCAGAGAGGAAGAAGUUGAAAAAAUUGAAGAAACUGCAAGUAAUAGCGUUCUCCAAACACAAAAAAAGUUUUUUUAUAUACAUUUAUUACAUAGCUCAUGACGUUAUUUUUAGCUCGAUAAAGUUAUCAGAGACACUUUGGAUCCGAAAAUGCGCAAUAAGAAGAAGAAAAAGUCUCGAACAGAAAGAGCGAUUGCGAAAAGGGAACGAGAGGGCCUACCUGUGCAUAACAGAGAUGACUUUUCUGAUUCUGACGAGGAAGACAGCGAGGACGGUUUUGGCGAAGAAGAAAAAGUACAUAAUAUUUCCGUCAAUCAGAAGGGUGCCCUUUAAAUCACUUGGAGAGAAACCUAUUCGUCCCGGUUUCAUCUGAAGAGCUUAGCAUGAAAAUCUGUUUUCUGUUCUUCACAAAAAUUAAAAGUCUGAAGGAGAUGUGCAGAUUUAACGAUUAAGCUUAUCAAACUCUCGAAGACUUUUGCACAAAGUGAAAAUUGUGACAAGCUGUCGCGGAAUGGACUAUAACCAGUUGACUGUCAUUCCGUUCCCGAAAAGUAUUUACUCCUUUAAGACGGCGUCCAAACGACCUCGGAAUUUCGAAGUGACGAUCAAUCGUCGCAAACGCAAGUACGGCCUGGAUGAAUCAGAAAGCGAUAGCGAUCAGGACUUAACUUACGAGCAGUUUCUGAAAGAAGUGGAAGUUGCGUUUCUUAUUGUGAGCUUUCCAAAAAUGUCAGUUUCAGGAGAAAAAGAAAGAAUUAUUGGACGAUCCUUCAAAAUCCGACGAUCUUGCUAUCAAACGUUACGGAAAACUUCUGGGCUAUAAGGUGGGCUUAUUUCGAUUAUUCUUCAAUAUAUUUGACAGAGAUACAAAAUUCGUUUUUUUUUCCAGGAAGAAGAAAAAAAUCGAGAUGGAAAACCCAAGAUAGCUCAAAAGUUGCGUAAUGACGGGCUGGACUGUAAGGAAAUCUUUUUAAAUGUUUAGAAAAAGGAAGUUUUCAGUUCUUUUGGAGUUUUGCAACGCGGACGAUAGGAAAGACUUUUUAGAAAAUCACGACGUCGAAGGUUUCUGGAUGGAUCUAUUUUUUUGACGUCAUGAAUUUAGACGAAGCAGAGGCAAGCGACGACGAAGUCACAGGAAGUGAAAAAUCAGAAGAAAAUGAAGUUGACCUUCACGAAGAUGAGGUUCAUUUCCUUGAAUUUUUGGUUCACAUCAGAAGUUUUGAUUUGAAGGAGAGCGAAGAGGAAUUUGUUGAGGAUGAAGAAGAAGAAGAUGGAGAAUCCACGGCUUUUGAACUGAGUGAUGAAGAAGACGAAGAAGAGGAAGUUAAUGCUCAGCCAGAAGUUUCGGGCCAAGUUAACGAACUAUCCGAAGAUAUUUAUGGAAGAACUAUCAAUAAGUUAGUUUUAUAUCACAUUAGAAAAUGUAUUAAAAUGUUUUUUGGAUCAAGAAAUGCGUGUUCUCAUUAUACAUUUUCAGAAAGACGAGCGAACUGAUCAAGUUUGAUCCAAUGGCGGCAAGAAAGAAACUGGGGGAACUCGAGGAAAAAAGCGAAAUUUCGGUGGAGCAGCGAAUGAAGGUCGAGCGCUCUGUUACCGGUCUUAUCAACAGGUAGUUUUUGGCGGGUGGUUUUUUCUCACUUUUUUAAUUUCUGCACAGAUUAUCUGAAGCCACAGUGAUCAAGUCGAAGCAAUCUAUCGCCGAAAUGUGGAUCACACAUUCGAAGAACGGUUCUAUCGAACUUUGAAACGAUAACCAUGAAUUUGCCAGACGUUAAAUGCUCCCUCCACAAAAUCCUCUGCCGUGUCAUCUCGUCGCCUUUCGCUUUGCAGCCUUCCUUGAUGUCCACUUACGCCAUGUUUCUGGCCCUUCUCCAUUAUUCGGUCAGCAGCGAGAUUUGUUCGUCCUUUCCUUUCUUUCCGUCCAAAACGAGGCUUUUCCAGCUGCCUAUUUCGUCGAGAAUUUACUCUGCGACUUGAUCAAGUCGAUAAAAGAGGGCGGCGAGGCUUAUUCCCUUUCCGAUGGAGAUAAAUCCAUAGAGAAUCGCGUCAUUUUAGUCUCGAUGCUGGUCAACUUCAAGGUAAUCCUCCUUCCUUCCUUCCAAUUUUCACUUGUUGUUCCAGGUUUUGAAACCCGAGAUGAUCUUGGACGUCAUCGAUAAGUUCCGCACUGAGCUCAACCUCGAAACGAUCCGUUUCACAGUGCUGAUUAUUUCUAGUUAGUGUCGUUUCUCAAUCCAAAAGAUCGUGUUCAGAUGCGUACAAAAUAAUGAAAAAGGCGGCGUGGCCUCAGGUCAACGAGCGGAUCAACUUUUUAUGCGAAGAGUUCGAGAAAACUCCUAUUUCAAACCUGUGAGUGGUCUUUUCUUCAAUUUCGAACGCCGUUUUCAAGAGGGAAAUUGAUGAGAACUGUUUUUCAUAGGAGGUCAGGGCUUUUGGCUCGGAGCUGAGUAAUCAAUCCCCUUGUUUGAUUAGAAACGUUUUUUUUUGUGAAAAAAUCUUCAAUCAUUUCGACUAGUAAUAACCGUUAAAUGAAAAACUAGUUGCAAUUCGUUUUUUUUUUUUCAAACUUUUGGGAAGAUUUUGGCCUUUUCACAGCAAAUAAAAUUAGUAUUGUAAAAAAAUUUUGAAAAAUUCGUUUCAAAAAUUUGAAGUAUGUGCCGUGUAGAGAACACUUUGCGAAGUUCAAAAUAGCGUCAGAAAAAAAGAAAAAGACAACUAAAAUUUUAGAGAGUCAAAUUUGAAACUUUUUCAGAAAAAUACCUUAAACACGUCAAUAACUUAUUAGCAAUUUUCAGAACACGAGCGAAGUUUUUGAUUGAUGAACUCUCAUCUCUCAAAAAGAAUCCGCCAAAAUCGAUCGACUUUUCCGUUGUUGAACAUCAUUUGCGAAUAAUGCAGGGGUUGAACAAAAGUAUGUAGGAAAAUUGUUCAAAAAAAUCAUCUUUAUUGCUGCAGAUAAGUCUCAGGGCAGUGAACGGGAACUGGGAAUGUCUUUGGACGAUUUGCUGGUGGCUGAAGAACGCGGUCGUUGGUUCGUGCUUUUUGAAUUGAGAAGUGAAAAUUGAAAGCGGAGUUUAAUUCUGGAAUUUUCUGAAUAUUUACUCAGAUAAUUUCUUUUUGAAGUUCGCUGCAUACAGCCAAGCAAUGAUUUUCAACUUUGAAAAUUCAUUACUCUAAAAAUAACAUUUUUUUAAGGUAUAAGGCGUUAAACUUUCAUAUAGACCUUAAGAGAGUUUAAAAUUUCGAAAAUUGACCUUAAAAUGAAUUAUCUCGACAGCUUCUUAUACGAUAAAAGGUGAAAAUUCAAACGAAACAGGUUUCUUUUGGAGAUAGUUUGAAAAAAUCUUGGUUUUUCCACCCAUGUUUUAUAAUAAGUUCCGGAUUCAUUGUUAAAGUUGACGCUAAUUUCUGAAAAAAGUUGACUGAACAACAAAAAAAAUAAGUAGGAACAUUUUUAUUUGAAACGAAAUUCAAUUUUAAUAGUUGUGGCUUUCUCGUCUGAGCUAAUUUAUACACUGAUUGGAGGCCAUUUUAAGAUUUUUAUUGGACAGGUGGAUUGUGGGCUCGGCCUUCCGCUUGCCGGAGAACCACGCGGCACUUGGAACUUCCUCUCAGAAAAAUAUUGGCUCGUUUUCCGAGAAAAUGGUUUCGUUGGCGGUCAAGGCCGGCAUGAAUUCCGACGUUCGACGAAACAUAUUCUGCUCUGUCGGUCAGUUCUCGAAUAAACUUUCUGCCUUUCGAUUAUAAAAAUUCAGCUCACUAUUAAAAUAUCUGAAAAAUCAAUCGGAUUUUGAACUGGCAGCCUCAUUAAAGUGAAAUUCCAAGUAUAUCUCUGUAGUUGCGUGAAAAGGCUAUAAUGAAAAAACUAAUGAAAAAUUCAUCUUUCGAUACUUCAAAUUCAACUUUUUCUUCGUUUUCUGAAGCUUCACGAGUAAGAUGUGAGAUGCUGUCUUCAUAGAGUUUUUUUAUUUUCCUUCGUGUUUUUGUGGCGGAUGUUUCUGUUUCAAUGAACUUUGAAGGUUUUCUUUGUCCUUGAAUUAUCCUUUCUGAAGAUUAGAACGUUUUGAGACUUCCAGGACUUUCUUCUGGUAUACCAAAAGUGUUCUGAUCGAUUUUUAGGAAUCGCCAAGCACAAAGUAAAAUAACCUUCUUUUGUGAGAGACCUUAUUAAAAAGUUCUAUUCAAUCAGUUGUAAAAGAACUUUGAGAACAGGUCAAUCGAUAAUAAGAGCGAAAAAUUGUUUCCUGAUAAAGUUACAAUUCAAAAUUACAUUACAGUAUAUCGAAAAUCAAAACACUAUUUUCUUUCAGCUUACGCUGAAGACACGGAUGACGCUUUCGAGAAGUUGUUAAGAUUGUGUUUGAAGGUAUGCCGAAAGUUUUCUUAUCUUUUCGAUUCAAUUCCAUUCAAGGGAGAGAAAGAGAGGGAAAUUAUUCACGUUUUAAUCAUCAUGAUGCUGCGUGAGAAGUCGUACAAUCCGUUCUAUGCGACUUUGCUGUUUCGCUUCUGCGAAUUCAACAAGCGUUUUGUGGUUCGUUUUUAAGUGUCUCUGAUAUGGAGUGAAGAUAUCGAGAAAGCCUGAGUGGUUUAGGACGAAAAAGGGUUUUCACAUUUAUGAUUGAAGUAAACUUCGGGUUUUCUCUAAAAUAUUGUAUAUUGAUUUAUUAUAAUGUUUCAUUCUAUGUUUCAUUAUGUAGUAUUAUGAAAAUUUGACAGAACAGAUUAAAUACCUGUCAAUUUCGUAAUAACGGCUGGGUGAGAAUGAAAAAUGCAAAAAUGAAAAUCUGAAGACCAUGAUGAGAGUUUCUUUUGAGAUCACGACGCAGUAUGCCCUGUGGGACCGAAUCCGAGAGUGUGCAGGACUGCAGCCGCGAGAAAGAUCUCACUUGGCUCUUCUGCUGCAUUCUCUGGUCUCUCGGGAAGUGCUUCCGAUUACCGUCCUCAAGGUGAGAUCAAUUUUUUUGAAAUCUUUGACUAUAGCCUGUAAUCACCCAACUACCAGACAAAAAGACAUGUGAAAUGUCGGUUUGACGGAAUCGCUGAGUCGGAUACACCGCGUACCUGAUUAAUUUCCUGAGCGCUAGGCGUCUCAACAAAAUAUUACGCCAUGCAUGUUGGUUCAUCAGUCGGAAGCAUGGCUCAUUAGACUUCCUUUGGCUUGUCUCGAGCAGGAAUUUCACUUCUCUAGCUUCUUGAGAAUAAUUUCUGACUGACGAGCCAGUCUCGAAAAAAUCACGAGCGGAAAGUCAAAUCCUUGACUAGAGCUCGUAAACACCCGACUGGCAACACAAAAAGACAAGUAACAUGUUCGGCAAUUCCAAAAAUUAGUGUUUUAAUAAUUAGUUUUUUGCAAAAACGCGCAAUUAUUUUUUCUUUAGAAAGCAGAUUGAAAGCAAAAAGGUCUGAGUGAGAAUUUCCUUCCUACCAUAGAACCGUAAGGUUUUCCAUUCCAACUUUUCUGCAUCACCUUUCAAGCCGAGAAAGGUAGACGAAUCUCACGUCUCGUUCUUCUAGCGUUACUUAGGAAUUCCAGAGUGGUCUUUGUAGGGGUUAGGGGAAAAACUCUCGAUAGAGAACAAAAUAGUGGUCCCUAUAGGGGUUAAAACGCUGUACAACGUGGCUUUGAUAUGUUUGAUCACCAUUGUAUGUAAUGAGUUCACUUCUAGUAUGGUUACCUGAAAAAAAAAAUGGAACGUAUCGAUGUUUCCGGUGUUUUCAUACAAAGAUUCUAAAAAAUUAUUAGCUUAUAGCUUAUAAAAGUUUUCUCAAGAUUAAUCUUUUGAACAUGAGAAGACAGUAGUAAGUGAAAAGUAGUUGUUCGCGAUUUAGGUGGUCGAAUGGGGAUCACUGGACGGAGCGACGUCGUCGCUGCUCCGACGGUUCUUCUCCCUUCUCGCCACGACUUCAGAAGCAGUUCUGCGUCGCAUUUUCGAACCGCUCAUCAAAGAGUCGACGCGCGAAAAGUUCGAGAUGCUUUCCGAAGGCCUGCGAGUUUUCUUGCAUAUGCACUUCAAGGGCGAUCCCACCUACGAGAACGUGGACCGGUGGAUCAUUGAGAAUAACCUUGUUUGA